UGGAUGUGUUCAGUGUGUGUAUGCACGUUUGUGUUUGCAUGCUCGUGUGGGUGUGUGUGUAUAACAGCUCUAUCCCCUAGUCGGCAGUGUUGUGCUAUAUCUUACGCAACUCUUGUUUACGUCUCAAAAACACUCGGCAUCAGGCGGCCAUGUUCUGAGCCGGCCAGUGAGAGGCCUAACCCUCUUUAUACCAUAACACACACCUAACAGUUUAAUGCCUGUAAAUUCCAAUACAAUCUCUGUGUGCUCUUUCUCAGUGUUCUGUCUGUCUGAUUGUUCUGAGAGUUCUGUCUGUCUAAGUGUUCUGUCUGAGUGUUCUGUUUCUGAGUGUUUCAUAGGUGUUUUGAGUCUGAGCGUUUAUCUUUCUGUGUUCCGUCUGUUGACUGUUCUGUCUGUCUGAGCGUUCCAUCUGGGUUUGAGUCUCGGUGUUCUAUCUUUCUGAAUGUUCUGUCUGCUGAAUGAUCUGUCUGUUGAGUGUUCUGUAUGUCUGAAUCAUCUGUCUUUCUGAGUGUUCUGCACAUAUACAGUAAUUAGGAAUAAAAAUUCUGCAUGACUGGCAAAGUCCUACAAAAUACCCUGCUAGGAAGACAACCUUCCAGAAGCUAAUCUGUAGUCUGAAGGCCGUUAGCCCAGAAGGCCGUUAGCCCAGUGUCAUUGCUAGACCUGUAGGUCAAUAACUAACAAGGUUGGGUCGGCUCUGUUGUGUGUCUCAUUGUUUCGACCCUGGCGUGUGUGUCUCUGUCUGUCUGUCUGUCUGUCUGUCUGUCUGUCCGUCCUCUCUCUAUCUCUCUCUUUUGCGCUCUCGCUUUCUUUCUCUCUCUCUCUCGCUAAACCUCUGUCACAGGCCAACUUCCUGCCUCUUGUUGUUCCAGUGGCUGGCACCCCUCUUAAUCCUGCACUCUGAUUGGCUGCUGACUGCUCAGGGCAUCCGGUCUCCUGGGAGACGGUGGUGGUGUCAACCAAUAACAGGGAGUUCAGAUUAAAGAGCCAGGACUUAUCUGCUCCAGAAAUAGAUUUUAUCUACGUCAACUGCAGACACCAACUAGCGGCAGGUCUGAAUUUUGGGGUGUUUUUGUAUUUUUUAGUGUGUUUUUGUUAGCAGCAUCUGGAAUACCAUUUUACCUUCAGACUUGAGUGACAGAGAGAAGACGCUGGUCGUAGGAGGUCUACAACAAUUAGCGAGAUGCCGUCCCCCACAGCUCAGGGUCUAGGCCCAGGUCAGGAGAAGAAGAUCGGCCACAGGAGAGUAGACGCCUCUGGAGAGACCACCUAUAAGAAGACCACGUCCUCUGCCCUGAAAGGUGCCAUCCAGCUGGGCAUCGGCUACACGGUGGGCAACCUGAGCUCCAAGCCAGAGAGAGAUGUCCUCAUGCAGGACUUCUACGUGGUCGAGAGCAUCUUCUUCCCCAGUGAGGGAAGUAACCUGACUCCUGCCCAUCACUACCCAGACUUCAGGUUUAAGACCUACGCCCCCGUGGCCUUCCGUUACUUCCGAGAACUGUUUGGAAUCCGACCCGAUGACUACCUGUACUCUCUAUGUAACGAGCCACUGAUCGAGCUGUCCAACCCGGGGGCCAGCGGCUCCAUAUUCUAUGUAACCAGGGACGAUGAGUUCAUCAUCAAAACAGUCAAUGCCAAGGAGGCAGAGUUUCUGCAGAAACUACUUCCUGGAUACUACAUGAAUCUGAAUCAGAACCCGAGAACCCUGCUUCCUAAAUUCUUUGGUCUCUACUGCGUCCAGUGUGGUGGUAAAAACAUCCGUAUUGUGGUCAUGAACAAUGUGUUACCGCGUGUCGUACGCAUGCACCUCAAGUUUGACCUGAAGGGCUCCACGUAUAAACGGCGUGCGUCGAAGAAAGAGAGGGAGAAAUCUAAUCCCACCUUUAAAGAUCUGGACUUUAUAUCAGAUGUACCGGACGGACUGACCCUGGAUCUGGAUACAUAUGGUGCUCUGCUCAAGACCCUUCAGAGAGAUUGUCUGGUACUAGAGAGCUUUAAGAUCAUGGAUUACAGUCUGCUGCUGGGGGUCCAUAACCUGGGGCAGGCUGGGAGAGAGUCCCAGGGCUCACCAGCAGGGGGCAAUGAGAAGAAGCCUGUUGCCCAGAGAGCCCUCUACUCGACUGCCAUGGAGUCUAUACAGGGAGGGAAGGCGUGUAGAGACACACUAGACCACGAUGCUACGAUGGGUGGUAUUCCUGCUGUGGAUGGUAAAGGAGAAAGACUCCUUCUUUUUAUUGGAAUCAUCGACAUCCUGCAGUCCUACAGGCUCAUCAAGAAACUGGAACACUCAUGGAAGUCUCUGAUUAGUAGUGACGGGGACACAGUGUCGGUCCACAGGCCUAGUUUCUAUGCAGACAGGUUCUACAAGUUCUGCAGCACCACUGUCUUCAGAAAGAGCUACUCCCUGAGGUCUUCUCCCUCCAAGAGGGGGCGAGGAGGGGCUCUGCCCGCGCCCCAAAACAGUGUCCAAACACAGCUCUCCAGAGAGAGAGAGGAGAACCAGGAGACCGAGGUUUUGCACCUCAGAGCGGCUCGCGGCUUCCACCUGCUGGAGGAGGACGGUCAGAGAGAGCACCCUCACACUCCUCCAUCUUUUGAGGAUGCGACCACAGCAUCCAUUGCGACCACUCUCUCCUCCAACAACUCUCUCCCUACCACACCGUUUGAUACACCAGAACACCCACGCUUCAGGAGGCCAACUCACUCUCCAUGGGACCGUGAAGGCAGUUUCAGAUCACAGCUGGAAGUAGUGGAGGUGCAUGAGCAGACCGUCACUGUGGCGGUGGAGGUGAAGAGGGAACCUACAACCAGUGUGGUUCCAGAGGACCUACAGGACUCUAAAGUAAUAGAGGAGGAAGUCAUCACACAGACCACAGCUGCCCCCACCUCCUCUACACCUCCUUCAACCCCUCCUCCCUUCUCCGCCUCUUCAUCCUCCACCCCUCCCUCCUCAUUCCCACCAGCUUCCACUCUCCCUCGUUCACUUCCUCCCUCAGUCCCUUCCUCCUCUGCCCCUCACUCUAACUCCACUCUGCCCUCUUCUUUCACUUGUCCUUCCUCCACCCCUCAGUCAUCAGCUCACAUCGCCUCCACCCUUCCACCCUCUGCAGUCCCUCCAGCCUCCACCUCUCCCUCUUCCACCACUCCUGCAUCCACCCAUCCCUCCUCCUCUCCCCAUUCUUCCCUCCUUCCCAGCACCCCUCCCUCCUCUCUCCCUCCGAGCCCCCAGGUAACAGCGGAACGCUAUUCGUCCAAUCAUCUGUCCGUCACCUCCUCUGUCAGCCACAACUCACUGGAGGGGGAGGUGCCAGUCUCUGACAUCUAUUUCUAUGCUGAUGGGAGAUACUGGGUGUACUCCCCAAUUCUGGGUCGUAAGAAGCUCAACUCAAGCUCGAGCUGCAAUAAUCAGGAGGACAGGAGCUGGAUGUACUCUCCGCUGCACUACGGCUCAGAGUCCAGACAUGGCUCUGACGGGGAGAGCCAGAUGUAAGUUGUGUGAAGUAUCCAAUGCAAGCAAAUCACUUGAGAGGAUUGAAGACUACAGACUGAAGCUGUGAUGCUUUACGAAGCCUCACAAAGCCCCAUGAAUGUUCUACAGCGUUCUGUAACCCUUGUGGCCCAAGCUGCAUGUGAAGGCUUGUUUUACCCACUGGGAUGAAGAAGUACUCUGUGGGAAGACUUAUUGAAAUUAAAUGUUUCUGCUUUGGCACCACUUUCCCCAACACACACACACACACACACACACACACACACACACACACACACACACACACAC